CUGGCACCUGGGGACCCUGUGGCUCUGACAGCGGUGGGGGCAGCUGGGCAUCUCUGCCAGCCCUCAAACCCAGCUCAGCCCCCCUUGGUGGGGCAUGCUGCCAUCUCUCUGGGCUGUGCAGGGGACUGAUGGGGUCCCGUGGCUGUUCCCUGCUCCUGUGGGGCUGGUGUAAGGUGGAGGCUGUGUGUCACAGUCCCUGUUCCACUCAGAGACCUGCCUGGGGGCAGCCCUGGCUGCCGCAGCAUGCCAUGGCCACACUGCCAGGUCUCCAGCAGCUGUGAAGAGCCCCUGGCCCCAGGGGCUGUGGGGCUGCACGAGGCCUCUGCAGGCUCUGGUUGGGGUCUGUGCUGCGGCGUGUCCCCUUGUCCCCCAGCUGGGUGGGGGCAGUGCUUGGUCCCUCCAGAUCCAGUAUGGAGGUGACCGUGGCUGUAUGUGUGGCUGCAGAAGCUGGUCCUGCUCCAUGGGGGCUUCUUGGGGACGCUCUGCAUGAUUCAGCCCUUGGACAUGUGGAGUCUCCACUGUCCCCUGACUGCUGUGCUGUGCUGGCAGGUGCCAGCACUGGCAUGGAUGGUGCAUAGAGGAGAGCGCUGUGUCCAUAGGAACUGUCUGGCCCUCACAUGCCAUGGGGCAGCUGUGGUGGCCCUGGCUGUACCUGGCCAGGCUGUGUACAGGUUUGUGGCUGUACCUGCCUGGGCUGUGUACAGGUGUUGUGUUCUUGGCUGUACCUGGCCAGGCUGUGUACAGGUUUGUGGCUGUACCUGGCCAGACUGUACAGGUUUGUGGCUGUACCUGGCCGGGCUGUGUACAGGUGUUAUGUUCCUGGCUGUACCUGCCAGGCUGUGUACAGGUGUUGUGUGUCAGGUUGUGUGCACUGGCACCGUGUGCCCAGUGCCGUGUGUGCUCAGGUGUUGCGUGCCUGGCUGUACCUGGCUGGGCUGGGCUGUGUGUGCAGCCUCCACAUUCUGGGUACGCCUGUCUCAGUGCCGUGUGUGCCACUGUGGCUCGUGGCACACUCGGGGUGUCUCUGGUGCAGGGUCUGGCAAGGGGACACCUUCCCCUGCCAUUCCCACGGGGAUGUGCUGCUGGAGCUGCUGCCAGCUGUCUCUCUCCAAUCUCUCGCCUCCACCAGCGCUGAGCUUCCCUGGCUGUUUGUCCAAAGGGGCCAGGCAUGGUGGGGAGAUCCCAGCUACCUGUGGAGGUGCUGCCAGCCACCAGCAUUUUCCUGGCAGUGCCACAGUGACCCAGCACCGGUGUGGUGUUGUCUCAUGUCUGUCUGGACCUGCUGCCCUCGCCCUGCUCCCCCAGGGUGGAUGCUCUCCUGGUGCUGCCAAGGUCCCCGGCCACCUGCUCCUGAUUCCCAGGACUGUGUUUGGGAAAAUUGUUGUAGUGGGGCCUGGGAGCUGCCCUGGCUCUCUGAGGAUGAGAUUCCUGCAUGACCCCAGCAUGACCCUGCAGGGUUCAGACACUGCCAUACUGAAUGCCAGUGCUGUGUGUCGUGUCCCCAGACACCAGUAUCUCCUCUGGCCCCGCUCUGUGCCGUGUCACUGGAUUCCAGCAUCUCCUGUCCCACUCUGUGCCGUGUCCCCAGACUCCAGCAUCUCCUAUCACAGUCUGUGUUGUGUCCGUGGAUUCCAGCAUCUCCUGCCCCACUCUGUACUGUGCCCCUGGAUUCCAGCAUCUCCUGCCCCACUCUGUACCGUGCCCCUGGAUUCCAGCAUCUCCUACCCCAUUCUGUGCUGUGUCCCCCGACUCCAGCAUCUCCCCUGGUCGUUCCACUUCUGCCCCCGUGCCCUGGCACAGCCGUGCAUGCUGCAUGUGGGGGGCCCGGCCCCGGCCCCGGGACCUUAAUGCCCUUGUG